AUGCCGUUGUUCAACACCCGCCAACCAGCCUCACUCUGUGAGCGCUGCAAGGUGGUGGCCUUUGAUGAUGCCGAAUUUGAAGGCUUCAAACGAGUGAAGACCAAAGACCGUGACUUCCUAGGCUACGACCUCCCUGAGAAACAGCAGGAAGGUGAUGAGGAGUUCGAGUUCCGACUCGACUUUGACUUGGAAGAUACUUUUCCACACCUCCCUCAGCUCACUCAAGGCGCGACAAAUGGCUGCGGCUUCUGCGGCUAUCUCAAGCACCUUUUGCUGUCCGAUGACGUUCAAUGUCGUUUGGGCGAUCUAAUCGUGGACCGAGGGGAUCGAGAGCUCUCGGUUUCCAUUUUCCUCUUCUAUCGCUGGGGGACAUGGCUGUUCUUUGACAGUGAUGGGCUGGACUCACUGGUCGUUGGACUCUAUAUGAACGCGCGGGAUUUCCAAACCAUCGACAACAACGGGGACCUUGAGAUGGAGAUCAUUCUGAGCGUGGGAUCCGACCAAACCCUCGUGGAUAUUGCUGGGCCGAUUCCUCGCCUGGUCUAUGGAGCCCGAAUUAUCGCUGACGCAGAGCGUAAUGGACGAGAAAUUCCGAAAUAUGCAGCGUUGAGUUACUGCUGGGGGCUGGAGUCUCAUGCAAGAGAUCAGCUCAAGACCACAACAGCAUCAGAGGAGAGGAUGCGACUGGGGAUUCCAAUCGAAUGCUUGACAGGAACCAUAAGGGAUGCUGUGCAGGUUGCUCGAGCAUUUCAAAUCCCUUUCCUCUGGGUGGACAGUCUUUGCAUCAUUCAGGACGAUAUUGCUGACUGGGAGCGGGAAGCAAGUCGAAUGGGCAUAGUAUACUCCAAUGCCUUUGUCACUUUCUGCUCCUUGGGCUCGUCCUGCCACACGAGCUUCCUGCAGCCUCCUUCUCCAACCAUUCUCAUCCCCUUCCAGUCAUAUCUCAAUGACAAGGUCAAGGGCGCGUAUGUCCUGCGCUACUCGACUUGUGCUAUUGGCAAAGUCAACGCAAACCAUAUCCUGACGGACGUUUCGAGUAGUCGCUGGCUCCAACGCGGUUGGGCCCAUCAAGAGUACGUCAUGUCAGCGCGCCUGGUGAUCUUCGGGCCGCACUUUGUUCACUUCCUCUGCCCAUCUAUAACAGCUGCAGAGAACGAGAAGCCUGCGAGCGUACAAUGGCAGUUCCUUCUUCGCGGUGUCGCCACAGAUCCCGAAGAACUAUAUAAUGAAUGGGGUAAGAGUAUCGCCCCCAUUUAUUCGGAUAGGCAAUUCACAAAGCCCGAGGACGCCCUUCCGGCAAUAUCAGGCCUCGCAAGGUACUUCUCCACCGUGUUGGCGGACGAGUAUAUCGCCGGACUCUGGAAAAGGGACAUGUUGAGGGGGCUCAUAUGGUCAUAUUGUACGUACCCAGGAACAGGCUUUCCCCAUAUCAACGACCUUCUCAAGAGAUUGAGCCAGAGGAAUCCAUACAUUGCCCCCUCCUGGUCAUGGAUGGGGCGGCGAAACGUUGACAUGGAUCUAUACCGGAAUGUACAAGACACUCGAGGAGACUUUCAAAGCCUUUGCGAUAUUGAAGCAACCGUGGAUGUCCAUGGUCAGAAUCCCUUUGGCCGAAUCUCAUAUGCGCAGCUGAGGGUCACUGCUCCGACAUACACCUUUUCCGAUACUAAAAUCUCUCAAAAUGCUCCUGGCAUAGGCUAUGUUGAAAUCAGCCUGCCAGAGGGGAUAGUGGUGUUCUGUAACACCGACUGGGCUAGUAGGAGACUAGAGGGGCAGUUCAAGCUGAUCGUGACUGGAUCAGUAGAUUGGGAGAAUACCACAAAGAGUCGGGCACAGCGCAAAGCUGUCGGGUCAGUGCUUGGCAGCUUGCGUGAGGGCGAAUUUUCGAAAAAAGCAAGCAUCGAUGUCUAUGGCCUUCUUUUGCACGUGGCCCCCCAAGACGGCCGAUUCUAUCGGGUGGGUGUAUUUAACUCGUAUUCUCAAAAGGGCGGAGGGAUUCAGCUUCUGGAUUCCUGCGAGGCAGAGACAGUCCACAUCAUAUAG